CGAUCGAAAGCGUAGCAAACCGGGUUUCAAUCCUCGCCUCUAAGAGUGACCGAGGCACUUCCGAACUAAACGAGUCUUUCGAAUCAGUACCAGACAGUACCGAACCCGAGGAUGUAUUUGAAAGUCCCUCUCUGAAUGUUCUACCCCAGGAAAACACCUCAUCAUCAAGCACCCCAAUGGAUGCCGAUUCUGAAGAAGCUACAUUAGUGGCGCAAAUCGCCGAGGCCCAGCGACGACUGGCCACUAUUAAGGGAACCAACAGUAUUCCACAGUGUGACUUUUCACCAUCCACAACGGAAGCUGAACCCAAACUGGCCAAGGCUGAUCCGAACCUCGUGGAUCAAGGUCGAAAGUGCCAACGACUGAAUGAGGACGGAUGGAAGAAUAUUAGAUAUGCCGACGUGCAAAAAACCUUCCAUGCUACGCCAGUGUUUGCGGCACUUAAGGUAAACAGUCAUUUAGCAACAUUGACACCUAACUGGUCUUCAACAGCACAACUAGAGAAGACAGAUAUGACCCUGGGGGCCAUUACAUAUGGGUUGCUGCUGCAAAGAAAAGCGUUCCAGGAAGCCUGCCAAAAAAUGGAUCCUAACACCCGCAGGGAAAUCCAAGAUCGUAUGCUUGGCGCAGACAGCCCUUUUAGGAAAAUUUCUGACGGGCUACUGCAAUACUCUUGUGGCAGAAGGGCCGAAAUCAUUCAAGCCCGAAGAGAGAUCUACAAACCUGCGAACAAAGUACUGAGCAAUAUUCUUCAUGACAUACCACCCUCUGACAAUCACCUAUUUUCUGAAGAAAAAUUAUCCGAAGUGAUAAAGGAUCAGGGGGGGGCACAUAAGAUCUUUCCGAAGAAAACUAGUCCCAAUAAUAAGACUGGAAAGAAGAAUUCAACCUCAAAAGGAUCUAAAAACUUUAAAGAGUAUAGUCACAAAAUUAAAAAACAGCGUAAUUUUCGUGACUUUCGCUCAAAACAAGAUAGUGGCACGUCCGGUACUAACAAAGCCAAGACCUCUCAAACCACUACAAAGAAGCCCUAAUUUGCAGACGCAUGCAGAUCGCAGCAAAAUCACUCCCGGACAUACAAAGAUACAAAAAGUACCCGUUGCCGGAUCUAGUAAAGGAAGAACUAAACUGGUGGCUCCAAAAUAUUACGGAAACAUCGGAUAUUCAAGUCGCCCCAGCAUCAAUCUUCAUAGCCACCGAUGCCUCAGACAUUGGAUGGGGCGCUAUAAUAAACGGAAAGAAGCUGUCGGGUCACUGGAGUAUCUCUCAAAGUCAUUGGCAUUGCAAUCAAAAGGAAUUAUGGACCUUAUUCGAUGCGCUUCGUUUGAACCUAGAAGAGGUCUCGGGAAGAACAAUCUUAUUUCAGACCGACAACAGAACAGCGGCCUCCUACAUAAGGAAACAGGGUGGGACGAAAUCAAAAAAACUCCUAAGCAUUGCCUCAAAAAUCCUGAAUCUAGCACAGCAACACAAAAUCACCAUUAUUCCAAAAUACCUGCCAGGCAGAUACAACGGAGUAGCCGACUGCCUAUCGCGCCUAAAAGCCCACCAAGAAUGGCACCUCGACCUAACGAUACAGAAGGAAAUAUUUCAAAAAAUGGGAACCCCAGAAAUAGACCUCUUUGCGAGCAAAUCCUCGGCAGUAGUUCCGAGGUAUGUGAGCGAAGACCACAAGGACAAUACGAGCGAAUAUACGGACGCUUUCAGCAGGCCAUGGAAUUACAAAGUGGCCUGGAUCUUCCCACCACCAGCACUAAUUCCACGUGUGCUACAACAUCUGAAUGGUUCCCAAGGACACUACCUCCUAGUGAUACCGAAGUGGGAGAAAGCUUUCUGGAGGGCCGAAGUAAAGAAGAGAGCAAUAUGUCCUCCCUACAGAAUCCAAAAUCUAAAGGACCACCUUCGGGACUUACAAACCAACCUACCACCUCGGAACAUUCAGAACUUGUCUUUGGAGGUAUGGAAAGUACGGGCUGGUCCAAUGAGAUAACAAAUUGGAGUGAAUCGGAACGCACGCUAAUACAAUCAGCCUGGCGACAAUCCACAUUCAAAACCUACCGACCUGCUUGGAGAGCAUGGUUACAAUGGACAUCAGACAACAAUGUAUCUCCAAAAACGCCAAGUCCCGGUGACUUAGCCAGAUACUUAAUUAAUCUUUACAACGUUAAAAAGCUAGCCCCAAGAACUAUACUGGUCCAUAAGUCAGCAAUCUCUACUUUCACAAAGCCUUGUAACACAUCCCCUCUAAGUGAUCAUCCAUUAGUGAAGAAAACCAUUAAAGCAAUCUUAUUGAAAAACCCUCCUAAACGAUGUUCAUAUAUUUGGAACGUAGCUGAUCUUGUAAAUUGGAUGGGCCAGAGAAAAAUCGAGGAUUCCAGUUUAUUUCAAAUCUCACAACAUGUGGCAACUUUGCUACUCCUCGCUACAGGUCGUCGCGUUCAUGACUUAACGCUGCUCCACAUUGACGCGGAACACUGUCAGAUUACAAGAGAGCAAAUCAUAUUCUGGCCCUCGUUUGGGUCAAAAACAGAUAAUGCAAAUUAUCGGCAAUCGGGUUGGUGCCUGUCAAAGAGCGAUAAAACUACGUUUGACCUCUGUUAUUGGAUACCAAAACUGAUAAACAAAUCAGAACAGCGAAGGAAAGCAGACCCAACUUUAACGAACUUAUUCAUCACUACUCGGAACAGAGUCAAAGCAGCAUCUAGAUCUGUAAUAACAGGCUGGUUAAGAUUAAUUCUGAAAGAUGCUAAAAUCAAGGGCUCUCCCGGCAGUUUCAGGUCAGCUGUUGCUACAGACAACUGGGUCAACAAGAACCUGGAUAUUGAUGAGGUGCUACGCAAAGGUAAUUGGCGUAGCAGCUCAACUUUCUUGAAACACUACUUUAAGGAAGUAGAGGCUAGAACAAGAAAUGUUAUUGCAAAUCAAGCAAUGUCUGAUUUAUUUUUUACAAUUUAGAAUGAAUAUAUCUGUGAUUGUGUUAAAGAGUUCAAAUUAAAUAUACUUAUUUAUUAUAUUAGUGAUUACGAUGAAAGAAUUAUAUUAAUUACUAAGAAAAUAAUAUCUUAUUUUCUCAUCCCUAAAUGGAACAUAAUCUUUAAGUGGAUCAUACUCCAUACAUAGUCACAGUACGCUAAGUCAGCGCCGGCAGAUAUUAAACAUCUCACAGUGGGUCAAGCCUAAAGGCUCGA